AUGACCAAUAUUCAUAAUAAUAAUAAUAAUAAAGAAAAUCUUAUUUAUGAUAAUGAUGGUUUUUUAUUAUUAAUGGAAACAGCUCAAUCAAAUCUUUCAUUAUUUAAUGUUAGUUGUGAUUCACUUAUUGUUAAUGAGAAUGAUGAUUUCAAUCAAAAAUCAACACAAACAUUGAAUACAAUUAAACAUUAUAAUAGUUCAAUGGAUAUUUAUCUAGAUAUUAAAAAGUCUCAUCAUCGUUUAACAAUGACUUUUUCAGAAGAAGUUAUUUCUUCGCAUACAAAAACUUUACAACGAUGGAAAGGACACGAAUUAUUGAAUACAUGUGCUUAA